CAUUGUUUGCUAUCUGCUCCCCUCGCGAAGGUAUAUAAAACCCCGGUGCACCAGCGAUAAAUGUUCAGAGGGAAAAGCAUGCUCCGCCGGUCGAAGAGCAUUCCUACAUCUUCUCAUCAGAAACCUGGUUAUCGUCGAUAAGAGCAGACAAAACACUCUCGUCUUUUCAGUCUCCAUACCGAACUGAAGUUGAAUAACGGUUGGUUAAAAGGAAAUCGCACAAAAGCUGACAGUCUCUGCUCUUCUUUUCCAUUCAUAAAAUAUCUGCAAUUCAACCCCGAAGAGCUCUAAACAUUCCCUUGGAGCCUUAGCCAUUGCUUUGGUUGGAGAACUGAAUUUACCAAGGCACACCAUCUCUAGACGGGUAUGACACUGUACAACGUUUGGUUUGGUUGACAAGACUUCAUUUAUUUGAAGGAGCCCUUUCAAAAACUACGAAGUCGCGCCCUUCAAAACUUCUUUGUUCUUGAACAUGUUUGUGAUCAUCUUCAUCGCGUCAUGAUGUUGGACAUGCAAUCAGCCGAGUAAUGAAUGGACCACUCAAUGAUGACAUCUUUGAUGACGCUGUGAUGAGAUCAUGGCCCCAGUAAGUCGCCAUCACAACUUGAUCACCAUUCUAGCUGUUAUCACAUGCAGCGCCACCAUCUCUCUUCUGCUCUCCAUUGAACUCUCAAACAGAAAUGUAUCUGUUACGUCGAUGACAAAGUGUGUAUGCCACGAGUCAAACUGGAGAACGGAAUUUCUUGAAGAGGCUCGUCUACGGAGAGAAGAUGAAGGCGGUCUCGUGACCGUUAAACAGGAGGAGACACCACCAUGGAUGCAUAUCAAACGAGGGGAUUUGGAAUACCCAAAGUACACUGAAAGUCUUGCCGCAAUCCAACCUCGUCGUAAGCAACACCUGAGCAACAUGUGCCACAAAGCCUUGCCAAUGAACCAUCCCCACCACAUCCACAACGAAACCCUCAAACACUUGUACGUUAACGAUAAAUACAAGUUUGUCUACUGUUCAGUUCCUAAAGCUGGUUGUACGAACUGGAAGCGAAUCUUGAUGGCCAUCGAAAACUCCUCGCUUGAUGUCACCCGUAUUUCUCGUGAUGAAGCCCACCAUAGCAACCUUAAAACCUUGAUAGAGUACCCUGAGUCUGAACGCAAGCAUAUUCUCUCGCACUACACCAAGUUUCUCUUUACCCGAGACCCCUUUGUUCGGCUCCUGUCAGCCUAUAAGGAUAAGUUCAUGGGGAUCAGGAACCUUGACUGUGAGCGUCAUAGCUACUACUUCAAGAACAUUGCUGCGGACAUCAUGUCGCGGUACCGGAAGAGUGUGUCACGCGAGACUAUCCAGGCUGGGGAAGGUGUCCGAUGGACAGAAUUCAUACGAUUUAUUAUCAAUACAGAAGAUCCCAUGCAACUGAAUGAGCACUGGCAGUCAACGAACUCACUCUGUGCGCCGUGUUCCAUCAGCUAUGACUACAUAGGAAAGCUGGAGACGGUUCAUGAGGACAGUACGCGACUAUUACGCCGAUUUCAAAUUAGGGACGAGCGUAUUUACUAUCCGAAAUCGACGGUUCCAACUCGUCGAGAUUCCGCCGAGUUCUAUGAUGCCUUUGGAACGAUCACCAUCAACGAACUCAGAGAGCUUUGGAGAAUAUAUGAAGUAGACUUUCAUCUGUUUAACUAUACGCAACCACAGUUUUUAUCGAGCAGUAUCGAACGAAAAUGAAGUAAUCUAUCGUUUCUUUAAAUUUCGUGGAUGAUUUGAGAUCAAUCUGACAGCUGACAGCAUAGUCAGGUUUUAUAUCACGCUUUCUAUAUUGGCUGAGGUGAAGGUCGAUUGGAAGGACAAUCUACGUGGACUAAAAGCAGUGACACAUUCAUCAAGAAUAAAGCAAAUCAAAACUACAUUGUUUCAGAUGUCUAUCACAUGGGGAAUGAUUAUGAAGAUACCUGUGGUAUUAUUUGGUGUGAGGUAGAAAAUUGACAAUCAGGAUUUCAUUUUCUAUCAUUAACGUUGUGUAUUUAUUGUCAAACAUUUCAACUUGCUGUUACCCAGUAUAUCAUGAUUUGUUUGAAAUAACUUUUGCAGUUUCGGAGAGUUUUUUAAAAUAAUUUCUUUAUUGAAAUUACUUACAUAGUGCAAUACGAAGGCUUAUUAUUACGCCUUAAAGAAGUAACAAUAUGCCUACUUAUUAUAAGUAUCUUUACGUCGAGUUUUUGUAUUACAGACCAGAAGGGGAACGGUAAACAUAGAGAGUAGGAGAGCGAGUAAAUGAAUAUAAUAUGAGGGCUAGAUUAUGAGUAGAGAGAGAGAGAGAGAACAAAAAAGGGGGAAGAGAGAGAGAAAGAGAGGAGGGAUGAAGUUAGAAGGAUUACAGUUCAGUCUUUUUUCAAUGUCCCUUGAGUUAUUCAACUAAUACUAAUUCGACAAAUUGUUGACUAAUUUUCCAGUGUGCUUUUGCAUAAUAAAACUUUUAAAAACACUAUAGAUAUUGAGGUCUUUAAGUGGGAUAUUUACUCGAAUUUACUUUUUUUGACAUACUUUCAAUAUUUUAUGAAUAGUCAUGAUAAAAAUUAUCUUCUACCGAUAUAUUUAUAGGAAACUAAUGAUACUUAUAUGGUCUUAUUGAGCCAAGGUAGUCUUAUCAGUAUUGACACUGCUUUUCCAGAGGACCCUAAGAAUUAUUUGACCUCAUCGUUGUCUAAGGAUGUAAGCGCUGAACGCGGUUCGAACCCAGAGCAUGUUGUUUUAUAAAGUUCAAAAACUUACAUCGAUGCUCCAAAGUAUAUUUCCAUAGACUUGAGUGGAAUCGUUUAUCUUUCAAAAUUCAACUUUAUCUGAAGCUUAGUACAUAAAUAUGACAUUCAUAAUGAUAAGCUCUCAAAUACAGUGACCCGAAUUGUAAUAAGAUUCGGUUGUCUCUUUUAAUAAUUAUUAUGACAUUGUCUGAUAAUCAUAAAUGUUGUGUAUGUUCCGUUAAUGCUGUGAUCUAGCCAAAAACGAUCAAGAGUUUAGGAUUCAUAUUUUUCGUGACACUAUAGUUUAAAAUAUCGUAAGCAUUAUCCUAUGAGUGAGGAGUUUCGAAAGAAUUAAGGAUACUUAUUGCCAAUGGCAGUAUCGGGUAAUAAACGUUUUAUAUAAUAUUGGAAAUGAUGUGACACAAACCACUUUUUAGGCAGCAAGAUAAAUUAUUAAAAAAACAAAUACUAGGGCGGGCUUAAUACAUUUAAUUUGCAGAUGAUUUGGACAAGUUUCAGACUCCAGGUUCUAAGACAUCACCACAAUAUUUAGAUAACAAAAUAUAACCAAACCAAAAAUAUCCUUUAACACGCACUAAAGAGUUAUCAAAUUAUGAAAAAUGUGUUUUAGUCAUCCGAUAUUACAUUUAUGAGCCGUUAAGCAAAGAUUCUCAAAACAUGAAUAACAGCUUUAAGGUAAAGAUUUUCUCUAAAUAAAUCAUAUUAAUCUUAUAUCUUGAUUUUUGUUUGGUGAGGAACGUGUGUAAUGUGUAAGACUUCCUUUACCCUGCACAAUUAUGAGAAGUCAGUUUUAUACCUUAGUCACACUGCCGAAGUGACUUCAAACCGAUUUCAAACAGACAUAUUCUUUGCCAUUUUUGUUCGGUCUCGUCGGUGUGACUUGGACAUUAAUCUAAUACAUGAUCUAGGUUGUUUGCAGUAAGAAAAGGGUAUUAACGCUGUCUAUGACUUGAAUGGAUUUGAAUUUGACAUGUAUGCUUAAACUGACACAAAGGCUGGUGGUUGAUUGUACUAACAUGUAAUACUCUAAAUCAGGUGAAUUAUGUAUCUUGUUCAUGUGCUUUGUAUCUGCUUUAUGAAAAGAAGCUUAACAAAUGUUUUAUAAUAUUAUUGUCAUUAUUAUUAUUUGUAUCAUUACUACAUGUAUUAUUAUUAUUAUUGCAAAACUGCUCAUGAAGAGAUAGGUUUUGGAAAUCUAACUGAAUAAAUAUAUUAUGUAUCUGAAAGAUA